AUGACGCCCUUCGUAAGGGCACUUCCUGCGACCCGUCGUGGUCUCCGCUCCGUCUCCAUUCCUCUCCUGCGACCGCUGCCCAUCGCCGUGUCCCGACCGCCAUCCUACAAUCCUUCCUCGCGCUGUCGACGUCUAUCUGUAUCGAUCCCCCUCGCCGUAUCGAGGCGAAAUGCCGACUUCAACUCGGGUUUCAACAGUACCUAUGACCCGUCAGUCGAUCCGGGGCGUGGCCCCAUGUUCAACAAGGCCAGCUUCGGCGUCCCGCAGUUCUACCCACGGGACCUGAAGAAGCGUGUGGACGACUAUGUUGUUGGCCAGGACCGAGCGAAGAAGACAAUCUGUGCGACCAUAUUCAAUCAUUACCAGAACCUACGAAGGCGACAUCAACAUGAACAUGAGGAUAGGAAUCGGCGUGACAAGAUGAUGCGUCAGAGGUUUGCUAGAGACAGGGAGCUGCAUCAGAAACGCCGCGAGAUGCACCCCGUCGAAGGUCAGCGUGUGCAUGGUCCUAUGCCUGAGCGCAGAGACACUGAUGCUCUACAAGAUGAGUUCCCGGGCCACAAUGAGUCGGUUCGUGGUCUUCAUGACAAUCACGAGUAUGACGAGGAUCCCAUGGAUCAUCUCUAUGCUGCCGAGGACCUCAGCAUCCCCGAGCAUGUCAAGAUCGACAAGAGUAAUCUUCUCUUGAUAGGUCCAACUGGUGUUGGUAAGACCUAUAUCCUAGAAACACUUAGCAAAAAGAUCAAUGUUCCCUUCUCUAUCUGCGACUGUAACUCCUUUACACAAGCUGGAUAUAUCGGACAAGACGUCGAGACCUGUAUCGAGCGACUCCUCAUCGAAGCCAACUAUGACAUCAAGGCGACAGAGCACGGCAUUGUUGUUCUGGACGAAUUCGACAAGAUAGCGAGACGCGAGACUACAACCGGUCGAGAUGUUGGGGGCGAAGGAGUCCAGCAGGCGCUGUUGAAGCUUGUUGAAGGAACCAAGGUCACCAUCAAUGUUAAGGACAAUCGCUCUUCUCGGUCAACACCACCCAUUACAACCAACUAUAAUGCAUCCGGGCCCUCUUCCUCUGCCCCUCAGGCAGCCCCGCCCGGUGGCAAAGUCGACCAGUAUACCAUUGAUACAACAAACAUCCUCUUUGUAUUCUGCGGCGCCUUUGUUGGAUUGGACAAGGCUGUUUUAAGGAGAGUCGCGAGGCCGUCCAUGGGUUUUGGAGGAGAGCUCCGUGGCCGCUCAACCAUGUCUGGGAGCAAGCAGGUUCUCCCGGCUGAGACAUACACUCACCUCCCUCAUCACAACCCCCAAUCGGCUCCUACUUUUACCCCACUCGAUCUCACCACUCCGGCCGACCUCCAAAGCUUUGGCUUCAUUCCAGAGCUGAUUGGACGACUACACAACAUCUGUGCUCUUAGUCCUCUGUCCAAGGAUGACCUCUUCCGCAUCUUGACUGAGCCCAAGAAUAGUCUCGUUGCCCAGUACACAGCUCUCUUUGAGACAUACCCUUCUCGGCUAUUCUUUACAGAGAAGGCCCUGUAUGCAAUUGCUGAAAGGGCUGCUGCUUCAGAAACGGGUGCUCGAGGACUCAAGAUGGAGAUGGAACGGGUUUUGGCAGAGCCCAUGUUUGACGCCCCUAUGCCCUACGUACUUAUCACCGAGGCGAGCGUCAAGGGAACGGAGAAACCAGCAUACUGGGGCAAGGACGGCAGAUUUGAAGUGGACAGGAAGAUGGAAGAGGAAGAGUUGAACCCCAAGACGCAGCCAAGUGAUACCUUUGAGAGAUACCGGGAAGCUGGGCAGAGUGGGGGAUAA